AUGUUCAGGAAUCGUGUAACGUUGCGAAGUUAUAUCUUAGGAAGUGCAUAUCGACGGGGCCUUAAUCAAGUUGGAGGUGCUAAUGCUCAAGUUGGAGGGCCUAAUGCUCAAGUUGGAGGCGCAAAUGCUCAUGUUGGAGGCGCGAAUGCUCAAGAUGGAGGUCCUAAUAAUGAUAAAGAUGGAGGUCCUAAUGAUCAAGAUGGAGGUCCUAAUAAUGAUAAAGAUGGAGGUUCUAAUGAUCAAGAUGGAGAUGCUAAUGAUCAAGAUGGAGGUCCUAAUGAUCAAGAUGGAUGUUCUAAUGAUCAAGAUGGAGGUCCUAAUGAACAGGUUCCUAAUGAACACGAUUAUCAAGAUGUGGGCGCUAAUGAGCAAAAUGCUGAUCAAGAUGGAGGCGCUAAUGAGCAAAAUGCUGAUCAAGAUGGAGGCGCUAAUGACCAGGGUCCUAAUGAUCAAGAUGGAGGUGAAACAUAUCUCCGCAUGAUCACGUCUACUGUUAUAACUGCGGAACUGAAGUUGCACUCGUUCAUGAUUACCAUGACACUGUAUAAUGUUAAAGAAGCACAGAACGAGCAAUAUAUUAAAGAUGGCAUGACCCUAGCCAAGGCUUACUGUGCUAACUGUAAAAAACUGCUCGGAUGGAAACUUAUUGCAGCCUCCCAACCGUCUAGGAGUCGUAGAGUAGGAGGAUUCUAUCUGACAUUGAAGAAGGUUAGUUUCUUUGAUGAUGUAACGUUGCAUGAUCAAAAAAGACGCGAUAAUGAGAAAAAUGUUGAUCAAGGUGGAGGCGCUACUGAGCAAAAUGUGUAUCAAGGUGGAGGCGCUAAUGAGCAAAAUGUGUAUCAAGGUGGAGGCGCUAAUGCGCAAAAUGUUGAUCAAGAUGGAGGCAAUAAUGAGCAAAAUGUUGUUCAAGAUGGAGGCGCUAAUGAGCAAAAUGUUGAUCAAGAUGGAGGCGCUAAUGAGCAAAAUGUUGAUCAAGAUGGAGGCGCUAAUGGACAGAAUCAUGAUCAAGAUGGAGGCCGGCCAAUGAAACGACCGAAGAUAUAG